CUGCUUUGUGAUUCAUAUAGUUCCUUUUUUAGUGUUGGGUGUAGCUGACAUCAUAAAUGAGUGUUUGUAAAUAAUAUCUUGCAAUUCCUGCACAUUUUGUUUCAAAUUAUUGAUUAUGGAUGCAGAAAAUGAUAAGCCCUCUGAUUUAUCGCAUGUUGUUUUGAAAGAAACUUCUAAUAAUGUAGCGCAUGAUCGUAAGUCAUUAAAGCAACCGAAACGUAUAUUACACUUUUCGGACGGUGAUAUGGAAGAAUAUUCUGAAGAUGACCCGGAUUCUUCAGAAGAGAAUAAAAUAACUCACAAUCAGAUCGACCCACACACCCUUAACUGGUUACCUUGGACUUGGUAUCAAACAACAUUGGUUGGUGGCAAGAUAUUGACUGGUUGCGAUUAUGUAGGUGAAUGGUUGGCAAAUUUUUUUGGUAUUACAUCCCCAAAAUAUGAAUUUGAAAUUAAUGAAUUCCAUAGACUUCAGGCUCUUGAAAAUGAAAUGUUACAUAAACAGGAUUUAGAAAUGGGUGGAUGGAAUGCUCAGAAUCAACAUAAUCUUAUAAAUGAUAAUAAUGUGCAAUAAGAUUAUAAUUGUUGUUUUACAUUA